AUGGGAGUAGCCAUGUCUGCAACUUAUACUCCCAUAUCUACAGCUAAAAGCUCAGACGACUGCGAGAAUCCCGAUUCCGUACCCAUUUCUGCAACUAAAAGCACUCCGUUAUCAGCGUGCGAUCAAAUAUUUUGGGUCUUGAUGCUUGCUCUUCUUCUCAUAGCUUUUGCUCUUCUCAUUGGGCUCAGGGUGUCGCCCGAAAUAAGUAGUUCGGGGUACAAAUGCCCCGACUUCACCGUCAACGGCGCUCAUCUCACCCAGUUCGAUUACACCGAGAGCAACCGUACUCUCUCCUACAACCUCGCCCUCAACAUCACCCUCACAAACCCUAAGAAGAAACUCUUCCUCGGGUUGAUUGACGUCAAAGUCAGUGCAUACUAUCAAGACAAGAGAAUUGGGCAGGUGACUUUGAUGGAUCGGUCGAUGUCGUUGACACCCAAGAACACAACCAUUUUUCAGAAUGUAAUCGUUCAAGGGCACGAUAUGUUGUUCGAGCAAUAUCAAUCAGUGACCCGCCCUGCAGCAGCUGAGCUUUAUAGUAUCGACGUGGUCAUUGCUUUCCAGGACAUGUAUACCGUUCAGCGGGGUGAGGUCAUCUACAAUCUGAGGCUUCCUUUGAGUUCCAAUGGAACAUAUUGGGAUGCUGACAAGAUUACAAACUGCUCCAUGUAA